AUGGAGCUCACUUCCUGGGAACUAGUGAUCACUUUCUGUCACAGGGACCUGAAGGUUUCCAACCUGCUCAUGACUGACAAAGGCUGUGUGAAGACAGCGGAUUUUGGCCUGGCACGGGCCUAUGGCAUCCCAGUGAAGCCGAUGACCCCCAAGGUGGUGACGCUCUGGUACCGGGCCCCCGAACUGCUGUUGGGAACUACCACGCAGACCACCAGCAUUGACAUGUGGGCCGUGGGGUGCAUCCUGGCCGAGCUGCUGGCUCACAAGCCCCUGCUCCCCGGCACUUCUGAGAUCCACCAGGUGGAUCUGAUUGUACAGCUGCUGGGGACACCCAGUGAGAACAUCUGGCCGAGUCCAACCUUUUGUCCAAGCGUGGGGGACGUCCCGUUCACCGUAACUGCCGAGUACUUAUGCCACACCCCUUCGGAAGUGAACGGGAAGGAUUUUAAAUUGCCCAGCAAGAGACUGGGAUAUGCUGCCUGCCAUUCGUUCAUCACUCUGCACCGGCAGUGA